GGUACGUAGCCAUCAUUAGAUAUCUAUUUCAACGCACUUUGGCCUCUCCUCUUCAUGGCUUCUUCAUCUUCAUCCCCCAUUAUCAUUGAGAAACUCAUCCACACACACACAUACAAAUUCAUUCUCUUCUUCUUCUUCUUCCUCGUAUUCUUAGCUUCAAUCAAACAUUCCAAUGGAUGCUACACAUCCAUCUUCAGCUUUGGUGAUUCGAUCGCCGACACCGGCAACUUGGCUUGCAUCUCGGAGUCUCCUCAGCCUCCCCACUUCAUGUUACCACCCUAUGGUGAAACCUACUUUCAUCGCCCCACUGGCCGUUGCUCCGAUGGCCGCCUCGUCAUCGAUUUCAUCGCUGAGUAUCUUGGUCUACCUUUGGUGCCACCAUAUUUCGGUGGGCAAAAUGGAAGUUGUACGAAUUUCCAAGAAGGUGUGAAUUUUGCAGUUGUGGGUGCUACUGCUCUGGAUAUUGACUUCUUUGAGCAAAGAGGAAUUCACAAUCCCUUCACAAAUUGUUCUUUGGGAAAUCAGUUGGAUUGGUUCAAGAGAAUGUUGCCAUCUCUUUGCCACACUCCUUCAAUGGGUAUAGAGAAAUCAAUUAUUGGUAGUGUUGUCUUGGGUAAUGGUGAAGCUGAGAUGUUUGAUAAUUUGUCUAUGAGCAUUGAUGGGUGAGAGAUGAUGGAUGUGAAUCGUUAUGAUAAAGGUUGGUGGCAUGUAUGUUAUGGUUGAGACAAGAGAUGAUGGUUGUAAUAGUGGGAUUAGAAAGGGAAGAGGGUAAUAUGAUACUUUUAUAAUUUCAUUGAAAGGCAUUAAGGUCAUUAUGUAUUUUUGGUUUAGUUUUGUUAAGGGACAAGGUCUGGUGGGGGUGUAAUGUAAUUUGCAGAACGUGAGAUUUCUAUUAAGGGUAAA